AUGAACAAAAGCAAACGAGAGUCAAGGUUUGCCAAGGCCUUUUGGAGAGGAAAAUCUGCAGCCCCAUCAAGCACCCCUACAGGGUUAUGCAGCAAUGGUGGAACCUGGCAAAAUGGCAGAUGCAUUUGUCCGGAUUUGUGGACAGGACUGAGAUGUACAAGGGCUAAUUUCUGUGAAAACAGUACCUAUGGAGAUUUUACUUUUGACAAAAUUGCAGUGGGAAGAUAUGGGCCUUCCUUGCAAAAAUGCGGCGUGAACACUGUAAAUGCGGGCAGUCCAAGAGCAACCCGGCUGUGCACUCUUACUGAAAAUGGAGAGAUCGAAUUACAAAAUGCGACAAUAGGAAAUUGCAGUGCAAACCUGCAAACCCUGGAAGAUGAGGCAAAAUUAGUUGCUGUAACCACAGUGAGUCAACUCCUAGAUGCCAAAGAAGAGGUUUUUCAAAGAGCUGCCGCUGCCACUGCUGCUGCUAAUGACUUUGCAACGCUUACUACGCAAUUGGGGGAUUAUUCCUUAUCAAUGGGCAACCAGACAGUGGUGAGUCCUAAUGUAGCAAUACAGUCUGUUAGUGCCCCUGAAGGAAGCACUGCGUUUACAAGUGUUCGCUUCACUGUGCAGAAAGGAACUAGCAAUUCUCUCGCUCCUGGUUCCACACGUGUAGAUCCAAAUGUGGACACACUUAGUUUGGAUGCACAGACUGAACUUCAAAUCCAUACCUCGAAAAUUUUGCAGAGCUUCAAAAAGAACUAUAAAUAUGCUGAAUCACUAGACAUAUUAUCCAACGUUGGAUGUGCACUGUCCAUUACUGGUCUGAUUCUCACAAUUAUAUUUCAGAUUGUCACCAGGAAAGUCAGAAAAACCUCAGUAACCUGGGUGAUCGUCAGUCUGUGCACCUCAAUGUUGAUUUUCAACCUCCUCUUCGUGUUUGGAAUUGAAAACAAGAACUCUAAGAUAAGUGAUAGUGACACCAAUAAUAUGGAUUCUGAGAAUAACAAAAUACCUGAAGAAAGCAUUAUUACCACCCCAAAUCCCACGUGCACGGUGAUUGCUGCCUUGCUGCACUAUUUUCUGUUGGUGACAUUUACCUGGACUGGACUCAGUGCUGCACAGCUCUAUUUCCUUCUACUUAGGGCCAUGAAGCCUCUUCCUCAACGAUUCAUUCUUUUCAUCUCUUUAAUUGGAUGGGUUAAUGCUAGAUCAUGUGGCUUUAUAGUGUAUCAAAAUGACAAGCUUUUCCAAUCAAAAACUUUUACAAGUAAGUUAAAUGUUAACCAAAAAGUUGUGUCAAGCAAGACUGAUAAAGAAAUGCACAAGGAGAAUCAGGAUGUUUCUGUUGAAAUGGCCUUUCGCCCACAGUUCCUCUGCUGGCUGGCAAUUCCAGAGAGCGAUGGUAUUAUAACAAGCCCAUUCUUGUGGGCAUUCAUCGUACCUGUGACCAUUAUCCUCAUCAGCAAUAUUGUUAUGUUUACUGUNAUCUGUAGGAUCAUUCAGUGUAUUGCCACAAAAAAGAAUUCAUCGCUUAAGAAGAUUCUUAGCACAUUAUCUAUUGCAGUCGUUUUUGGAAUUACCUGGGUUCUGGCAUAUGCUAUGCUACUUGAUGAUGAUAACAUCAGGGUCAUCUUCAGCUACAUAUUCUGUCUUUUCAACACUACUCAGGGAUUGCAAAUUUUUAUCCUCUACACUGUGAAAACAAAAGUCUUCCAGGCUGAAGCUUCCAAAGUGUUGAAGUCCCUGUCAUCAUCUGCUGGGAGAGUGAAGCCGCUGCCAUCCAUGACCCCACUGAGGCUGCGUUUAAGGAUGUACAACAUGAUCAGAUCAUUUCCAACCUUCCAUGAACGCUUUAGGCUGCUGGAGCCAUUUAUAGUUACUGAGGAAACAACGCUCUCUGAAAGUGAGGAAACAAGGGGAGUAUCUAGACAGUAAAAGUGUUACUGUUUGUGGUCCUUUUAAUUCAACUUGUGUCAGUUUUCCUUUUACCUUCCUGUAUUAUCUAGUCCUCUUAGAAAGUCUCCCUUAAUAUAUUUUGAUUAAGGUUAAGAAUCAGGUAAAACCUUUUGUUUAUUAGCAUCAGGAAUAAUGAAUUUGGUAGUUUUUCUAUUCAAUAGAUUCUUACCCGAAUGAGGUAAAGAAUUCUGCCCAGCAUUCUAAAUAAUUCAAGAUUUUCAUUGCUUCUUAUAUCGUUAAGUUUGUGUGACAAACUUUGAUAAAAAUGUAGGACCUAAACAAAUUCUUUUACAAUUUACUAAAAGGGAUAUGAGGAGAAAAAUUUACCUCUCAGAACAAAAUGAAUUCUGAUGAACACCGAGGGGGUGUUGUUUGUAUGGAUCAUACUUUUGAUUUGUGAAUAUUUUAAAUUUAUAUGUGCUUAUAAGUUUAUUUCUAAUUAAGAAUUUUGCACCAAUUUAGCGUCUGGAAAGGGAAUUUUUUGUUGUUGUUAAAAAAACAAACAUGUUUUAUGACCUGAAGAGUUGGCUCUGUGAGAAACGGGCAGUGAGACAUAGAAAGAUUAGAUGGAUACUAAAGCCUAGAUAUCUCCUUCCAGCUCUUGAUAUAGCUGCCUUUUUAUUGAUAAAAUGACACUGAGUCUCACAAAAGGAAAAAGUUAGUGACACUUGUCCCUUGUGACUUUUAAAAGAUCUAACUGCUUAUGGAAUUUUAAACACUUGAAUUAUAAAUGGCUUCCUAAAUAAAGAAUGACCUCCAUUGGAGUGGGGAGCACUCACACUGGACUUAGGAAAUAGUCUUUAAAUUGCUGUGUUCUGUUUUGCCAUAAACUAGGCAGCUGCUGUGAGUGCACUGAACUAAGGGACUAACGAAAGUCAGGUGAGCUGUGGCAUACACUUCUCACCAUGCCCUAAAGUACGUGUACAUGUGUUUUUUAUGGAAAUGGUUGUAACUGACUGUUGAAUUCCUUGGCAAGCCAACAAGAACCUUUUUCAUCUGUAGGAUAAUUACAAGAUCUUACAAGAUAGUGGGGAAAAAAAUAAAUGGAAAAGAAUAAAGAAGACAUGCAGU